UUUUUGGUUCAGUCGUCGUUGUAACUUCAUCUGUGACAAUUUAUCUUAAAGAUACGCCUCGUUCUCUCUUUUGUGCAACCAAUUCGUUCAACAAAAUAAUUGUAAUUUAUUUCAUUGGAUAUUACAACUACUUCCCAUAAGGUUAAAUUUUGUAAUGUGUUAAUCGCUUCAAACACUCAAUGUUCGGAUUAAGUUGCUGUAAAGUUUGGUCUUUGUGAAAAUUAAGUUACACUUACAGGUGUUAAAUAAAGUGAUCUUAAAUCAGGGUUAAACAUUCUUUUUGUUCGUAUCUACAACUACGGCAACAAUUUUUUAAUUAAUUCUUAGAAAAGAUAAGCUAAAUAUCGCAUUGCAAUUUGCAAGUCUGUAUGCUGAAAGCACCUUUGUUUAAUUGGGAUUAAAUCCGCACAAUGUGUACAAAUAAUGAAUCACAUAAUGAAUCCGAAAUAUCAAAUUGGUACGCCAGCAAAAAUAUAUUUAUAACUGGAGCAACAGGAUUUAUGGGUAAAGUUUUAGUGGAAAAACUUCUUCGCGACUGUCAGGAUUUAAAUUGUUUAUAUCUGUUGAUGAGAGAAAAAAAGGGAGCAAGCGUCAUAGAGAGAAAAGAACAAUACUUCAAAUGUUUGAUAUUUGAUAAAGUUUUCAAAAGAGAUCCACACGUAUUAAAGAAAAUCAAAAUUAUCAAAGGUGAUGUUCUAGAAAAAGGUCUUGGAAUAUGUGAUAGUGAUUUGCACGAACUAAUAUCAAAAGUUGACAUAAUAUUUCAUUGUGCUGCUAAUGUUCGAUUUGAUCAGCCUCUUAGACCGAUGAUUGAGAUGAAUGUGGGUGGUACGCAUAAGAUGUUGCAAUUGGCUGAAAAAUUAACCAACCUUAAGGUUGUAGUGCAUGUAUCCACAUCAUACUGCCAAUGCAAUGAAAGUAUAUUAGAAGAGAGGCCGUAUCAACCACCCAAUGACCCACAUGAAAUUCUUGCAAUGGUGCGCUCAUUGGAUGAAAAUGCACUACAAGAAGUCACACCUAGGUUGCUAAAAGGUUUACCAAACACAUAUGCUUAUAGUAAGGCACUGGCAGAGGGAUUAGUUCAAUCUUUUAACAGAAAAUUUCCCAUUGUAAUUUGUAGACCCUCUAUAGUAACUGCAUCACUAAAAGAACCACUACCCGGAUGGGUUGAAGGUGUAAACGGACCAACGGGGUUGAUGAUAGCUGGCGCUAGAGGUGUUCUCCGUUCUAUGCAUUGCAACCCUGAUUAUCCUGCCACUAUUAUUCCAGUUGACACCGCUAUUAAUGCACUUAUUGCAGCAGCUUGGGAUUGUGGCAGCAAAUUAGAAAAUGACGUAAAUUAUAUCAAUGUCUGUGUUUCUAACAAGUUACUUAUGACAUGGGGUGAGAGCAUAGAAUCUGGUAAACGCUUCUUCUAUGAGACUCCCUUAAGUUUUUCCCUAUGGUAUCCUAAUGGUUCCAUUAAAAAGAACUACUACGAGCAUUUAUUUUGCGUGAUCUUCUUUCAUUAUCUUCCAGCUUAUUUCAUUGAUUUUCUCUUACUGAUAAUUGGACGAAAACCUUUUUUAAUAAAAGUGCAGAAGAAAAUUUCUGGUGGUCUAAGUCUCCUUCAGUACUAUACAACAAAAACAUGGGAAUUCAAAAACGAGAAAUUUUGUCAAUUAAACUCCAAGCUGAAUUAUGUCGAUCGAGAAAUAUUUAAUAUUUGCCAGGAGCAAAUCAAUUGGGAACAAUAUAUUCGAUCAUAUAUUCAUGGCAUGAGAACUUUUAUGUUGAAAGAAACCGAUGCUUCACUUCCGAAAGCAAGAAAGCUUUUGACACGAUUGUAUAUUGUCGACCGAAUCGUCAAGUUAACAUUUGUCAUAGUAACAUUUACUUUGCUUUGGAUCAACAUAGAUACCAUGAUAGCAAGAGGAGAUGCAAUCUUAAAAAAUGCUUUGGAUAUGUUUAUUAAAAAUGAUAAUACAACGCUGGUUUUAAAUACAUGAAAUUAGACUUUGAGUUGUUAUUUUGAAUACAUGAUAUAUUUACAAAUGUAUACCAAUUUUGUAGUUAAUAAAUUUAAGAUUACAAUUGUGUAUAAUUAUA